AUGUGGGAGAGGAAUUCACAGAAGUUAAUGCUUGAUUUGGAGAUCUUGAAAGAGAGAUUCUCUGAUCAGUCCAAGAAUCUGUCGGAUGCUCAAAUGGAGCUUUCAGCAGCACAGACGGAGUGUGAUGGUAUGAAGAAAGAAGUUGAUCAACUGAAGAUGUUGCUGGAGGAAACGGUUGUCAAACAGAAGGCCACAGUGGAGUCAACAUAUAACUCCAAAGGUGGAAGUCAACUUCUAAGGGAACUUGAAAAUGAGCUAAAAGCUCAUAAAGAAGCAAAUGUUGAUUUAUCUCAACAGCUAAAGAGGAAUCAGGAAUCAAACAUCGAGCUUGUGGGUAUUCUUCAGGAACUGGAGGAAGCCACGGAAACACAGAGAGCAGAAAUCGAAGAACUUCUGGAGGUUAAGUCAAAGUUUAGCGAAUUAGAAAAGUCUUUCAAUGGCAAUUUGGUUGAAACCAGAAGCUUACAACUGAAGUUACAACAGAUGGAGGAAUCAGAGAAGACUUUACAUGCAAACUUGCAGAUUCUUGAACAAGCCUUGGAAAACAAAAUCAGUGAUUUGGAGAACGCGAGAACUUCAAAUAGCCAUUCAAUGUCAGUACUUGAGAAAGAAUACAAGAGUUCCUUAUCUGUCAAAGAAGAAGAAAUUAACAGCUUGGAAUUGAAAUUAUCAAAUUGUAUCUCAGAAAACAAAGAAAGCGAAGCGGAACAAAUGCAAGAAAUCCAAGGGCUGAAACAAAAAGUUAGUGAGGUAGAAAAGGAAUGUAGUGAGCUAACAAAUGAAAACUUGGAUCUCCUUUUUGAGUUCAAAGAGUCGAAGAAAGUGAUCCAAGUGAGAAAUGAGGCUAUUGAAGAAGGUCAAAAGCAACUGAAAGAUUACAGUUUGAAAAUUCGAGAGCUAGAGAGUUUGAAUGUGGAACAAGAAGCUCAAAUUUCUGAUCUUGAAAAGGAGAAAGAAGAGCUACAAGAAAACAUGGAAGUUGCAUUGAAAGAGAGCAACAUAACCUCUAAAUGCUUGGAUAAUUUAAGGAACGAUCUGAUGGUGCUUAGCAGCAGUGUCGAUUCACAAGUCUCUGCCAAUAAGCUACUAGAACGGAAAGCACUGGAGCUGGAAAAAAUUAAGCGUGAAGUGGAGCUUCGGUUGUUUGAGGUGGAAGAAGAGAAUGUCAAACUACUUGAACAGGUGUCUGCAUUGGAGAGUCAACUGAGGCUUGUGAAAGACGAGCAUGGCGUCGCACAAUUGGAGUUGGAGAAAUCUGAAUCUGCGAUAGCUGAUCUUCAGAAUGAAGUCGAAAAGUUGCAGGAUGUGGAGAAGUUACUAUUGGAUGUUCAAGAGGAGUGUGAAUAUGUGAAAGCUGAAAAGCAGAAAUUGCAAGACUCUGCGGAGAAUCUCAUUGAGGAAUGCAAUUCUCUUCAGAAGUCAUAUGAAGAGAUGACAAAGGGAAAGGCGGAGCUGUAUGAGCAAUGUUCACGUUUGGAGAUCGAAUUGAUGGGAGCUCGGGAGAAUCUGGUAAUUUCUUCUGAAAGGGUAGAGGAAUUGGAAGAAAAAUAUUCUUCUAUGCUGGAGGAAUACAUGUUCAAAGAGAAGAGUCUUUCUUCACACUUGGAUGAACUUAAUCAAGAAAACUGGCAGUUAAAGGAGAAAGUUACAAUGGAAGAAAGUUUGUUGAAUCAAAUGUACUUGGAGAAGACGGCCGAGAUUGAGAACUUCCAAAGUGAAGUAGAACAUCUCAAAGAGGAAAUUUUUCGGCUUCAAGAACAAAAGGCAAAGGUGGCAUCUGAAGCCUUAGAAGAAAUCUCAAGUUUAACUUCUGAAAAAUCCAAGUUGGACUAUUCUCUCAAAGAAGUUCAUUCAAGAGCAGAAUUUAUUGAAAACCAGCUUCAAUUUGUUCGUGAGGAAUCUGAAUCGAAGAUUCAAGAACUAACAACUGAGCUUGAUGCCAUUAAACAAAGCCAUAAGAAACUGACGGCAGAUCACGAUAGGAAGUCAAAGUUUUUGGCUGGUUAUAGAGCCAGAGAAGAGCGGAGAAAGACAAUGGAGAACGAUCUCGAACUUAAACUUACAGUUUCAGAAUACGAUCGCCAACAGCUCAUUGAAGAAUCUGCAAAGUUGAAAGAUAAGCUGCAGAAAACUUCAAAGCUUGAAAAUGAAGUAUUAGAUCAAAAGAGAAAUCUUGAUAAAGUAAAGUACGAAAAGAGUAAUCUUGAAGCUUCUCUCCUUUCUGUUUCUAGUAGCUUGGAAGAGCUUAAAGCUGAGAAGAUGUCUUUAACUGAAAAGAUGUCUAUCUUGGAAGCAUCUGUUUCUGAGUAUGAGGAUUGUAAACAUCAGAGAAAUGCAUUACAAGAAAAGCUACUGAGAUUGGAUGGUGAUCUAACGGCUAAAGGAGCAUCAUGUUCGCAGGACGCUGAGAUGAAAAACGAGCUUAGUAGGAUCAAGAGUGGAAAUUUGCAAUAUCAGCUGAAAAUCCAACAACUUGAAGGCGAAAAAAACGAAUGCUUGAAGAAAGUCCAUGCUCUGGAGGAAGAUCUGAAACUGCUGUCAGCCAAAAAAGAUCAAACCAAAUCAGGCAGUAAAAUGGGUGUUCAGGAAACUUAUUCUCAAGAAGAUACUGAUUAUGCAACAAAGAUAGAGAUGCUGGAAGCUGAGCUUGAUGAGGCUCUUGAUGCAAAUAACAAGUACAGAGUCCAGCUUCAGAGGCUAAAGUCCGAGGGGCGUAAUAGUCUUUCAUCAACUCCUGGGAAAUCAAAGGGUGAAGGUGAAGUAGUAACGAAAGAAAGGUUCGAAAGGACAAAGUCAUCAUUGGAGACAGAGCUAAAAGACCUUCGUGACCGUUACCUUGAAAUGAGCCUCAAGUAUGCAGAAGUAGAGGCCGAACGAGAAGAUCUUGUAAUGCAGUUAAAAACCAACACCACCACAAGGAAACGAUUCCAGUUCAUCGACAACCCAUGA